UCAGACCUAGAUCAUUUCUUUAUAAAAAAUAUUUGAAAUGACCCCUUAUAGAAUGUUGAAAUGAAAUUUAUAGCUAUACCAUAAACUACCUACAUACAUCAUUUUAAAGAAGUCAAUAUAAUGUCCUAACUGGGGAUACAAAAAGAAAGAAAUAGAAGGGAACGUAAUAAUGAAUUAAUGUGUAUUUCUACAUGUGAACUCUGGGCCACUGCUACACUAGAAGAAAAAAGGAGUGAGUAGGAUAAUCUUGCCUAACUUAUUAUAGAAAAUCAGUUUGUAUUUAAGAGAAGUAGUAAUAUGCAACUGGCUCUUCCCAAACUUUUUUUUUUCUUGCACUUGACAUUUUGAAAUGAAGGGCAAAUAAAUAGGCAGAAACACAUAAGCACAGUCACUGUGAAGGCACUCAGGUGGAGACCGAGUAGAGUGUUGGUCCUGAUUCCCUGGGGAAGCCACGCAAUUGUGAGGGGAUUUUCUGAAAUGGUGAAUGACACUUUACAAAGUGUUUGUUGGCAGGUAAAAGUCGGGUUCUGAGAUAAUUUGAGGAAGGUUCUCACCUUCAGGGACACCCCUACAGAUGUGUGGAUACUGGCUGGUUCUGUGUGCUGCAGGACUCCACCUGCUGGGGGUAUGAGUGGCCCCAUCAUUGUGAAUACCACUUAGGCCUGCAGGUUUACACCAUGCUCUCUAGGGACAGCUGUCCCCAUUAAGAACCACUGCUCUCCUAUAGAUAAAAUGCAGUUGCUUUACUCCCCCCAUUUCUAUCCCCUCUCUUCCCCUCUCCCUCUCCCACCAUUCAUCUUUCAAAAUGCUUGCUAGUAGGAGGGAUGGACAAUAAGCAAAAACAAAACAAAACAAAAACCCAAACAGCUAGAAAAUGAAGUAUUUAUGAUAAUAGCUUUGAUGGGAAAACACAAGGUCGUUUUCGAGAGAGAGUAGAGGAGUUAUUUCAAAUAGUGAAUGUGAGGGAAAGCUCUGUGGUGAAAUGUUGAUGUGAGAUCCAGCCAUUCCAAGAGAGGAGAGGAGAUUCAUGUAGAGGAAGCAGCUUAUGCAAAGUCCCUGAGGUCAGGAAGAGUUCAGAAUGACAGAUGAGAAGCCCAUAUGCCUGGAACCCCUAGGACCAUGGUGCUAUAUGCUCUCUCAUCUUUGAAUGUAAGACUUCUUCACAUCUCUUCAUUACUUUAUUCAGAUUUUUGUUUGGAGAAUGGAAAGACUAGAAAUAAUAGAGGCAAGAAAGGAGUCUCCGAAUGGAGGAGUGGAUAAGCUUGGGAGGAGGAGCCUACAGAAUUUGCAGAUGAACUGAUGUGGGGUGAUAUUUAAGAGAAGGAGGGUGAUUCUGUUGAUGUCUUCCUGUGUCUCUGGGUGGAAAUAAUAUGGUCAUUUGCAGAGAUGGCAGGAAAAUUAAGAGUGAUGAUAAAUAUUCUCACCAAGUUUCUCCCAAUAACCAUUAAAUGCCUCACUUUGAUAUUUUGGGAUGCCCAGGAGUGAAGGCCUGCUAUAUUUUUUGUGCCAUAGAUUCACAGGUUCUUUGGAAACCCCACCACAAAUUAUUCCCAGCAGGAAGCAAAACCCCAUUCGAGUGGGGUUCAGUGCCCACUGUAGCUCCAUGACUAUUCUGGCCUUAAUCUAUUUUAAAGUCAAAACUGUUGCCCCUGAUGGUAUUUUGUGGGAUUUCUGUUUUUUAUAAACUUUGCUUCCUUCCUAUUUAUUUAUUUUAUUUUCCCCUUCAUUUUUCUUGCCCUCUGAGUGCAUAACUCUUUGCAGAUGUAUUAGUCAGCUUUUCAUCAUGGUGACAAAUUACCUGAGUAAACAACUUAUAGAGAGGAAAGGUUUAUUUUGACUCAGUUUCAGAGAAUUUAAUCCAUGAUCUCUUGGCCCUGUCUCUCUGGACAUGUGGUAGCAUCAUGGCAGGGAGUACAGGACAGAAGAGGCUGCUCACCUCCUGAUGGUCAGGAAGCAAAUGGGAGUCCGAAGAAGGGCCCCGGGUCCCACAAUCCCUUUCAAGGGCAUGCCCCCACAAUGACCUAACUUUCUCCCUCUAGGUCCCAUUACCUCCCAAUUGCACCACAGGCUGAUAACCAAGCGUUUAACACUUCCAAACCACAGCACCCUCCAUCACAGGGCUUUUGUUACACUGAGAGCAAAUUGAAUAUGUUCCAGGCACCAAAGAAGGAGGAGGCUUGUGAAUCUCCUCUGUACUUCUCAUCAUACCCAGCACGAGAGGCGGAACAUAAACCAGACACAUUACUGAGCACUUUUACUGAUGCUGCCCAGGCUAAGCAAACACUCAACCCGAUGGCUGGAGAACUCCCCCAGUGGACUUAAGCAACUGGAUUGGGUUUUAUGAAUUAUUGGACAGUCACAAAUGCUAAGCAUGCAGUAGGUGCUUAAUAAUUUUUAUUGAACUGACCAGAUCUGACUCUUUGCAGAGAUGACAUAAAGUAACUGUGUUUGUCUGCUUUUCACCCUGUGACCAAAAUAUCUGACAAGAACCACUUACAGGAGGGAAAGUUUUAUUUUGGCUCAUGGUUUUAGAGAUUUAUUCCGUGGUGACCCGACUCUGUUGCUCUGGGUGCAAAUGGAGGCAGCACAUCACGGCAAAAGACUGUGGCAGAGGGAAACUGUUCAGGAUGUGGGGACCAGGAAGCAGAGAGAGGGAAAGAGGGGAAGAUGAACUUUUCUUGGCACACCCCCAGUGACCCACCUCCUCCAGCCACAUCCCACCUGCCUACAGCUACCACCCAGUCAUUCCAUGCUCACUAGGAUGGACCUAUUUGGUCACAGGCUCCCAAAAUUGAAUGAUUUCACCUCUGAAUAUUAACCCAGGAGCUUUGGAAGGACACCUCAUACCCAAACCAUGACAUGUCCAGUGUCUGUAUGAGAUGUGCUGUGCAUGGAAUCAGCUCAGGUCAUGAGACGGGCUAGAAGGCAGGACAGGUCAGGGUGGAAAGAUGAGUGGAUUUAUUUUCCAUCCAUCAGCUGAGCCUUUUGUGGGCUAGAAAUGGACUCCCUGGCUGAGGCAAACAACUUUUCUCCAACUUCCCUCAGCACAUCUUGAAUGAAUGAAUGAAAACAUGAAUGAACCGUUAUCAAAAAGACCAGGAUCAUGGCAGAUCACCUUGACCUUCUCUUAGGAGUGUUGCUCAUGGUGAGUCCUGUGUUCGGAAUCCCUUCCUGCUCCUCUGAUGGUGGGACAGCCUUAUUUCGUUUCUGCAAUCUCACCGAGAUUCCCCCGGUCCUCAACACCACAGAGAAGCUCCUGCUAAGCUUCAACUACAUCAGGACAGUCACUGCCACGUCCUUCCCCCUCCUAGAGCAGCUCCUACUGCUAGAGAUGGGGAGCCAGUUUACUCCCUUGUCUAUCGACAAAGAGGCCUUCAGAAACCUGCCCAAUCUUCGGAUCUUGGAUCUGGGUAAAAGUCAGAUCGGCUUCUUGCAUCCAGAUGCUUUCCAGGGACUGUUCCAUCUCUUUGAACUGAGACUGUUUGCCUGUGGUCUCUCUAAUGUGGUACUACGAGAUGGUUAUUUCAGAAAUUUAACUUCUUUAAUUCGCUUAGACCUGUCCUCUAAUCAAAUUGGGAGCCUUUACCUUCAUCCUUCGUUUCGGGAGCUGAAUUCCUUAAAGUCCAUAGAUUUUUCCUUCAACCAGAUAUCCAUCUUAUGUGAAGAGGAGCUCAAGCCACUCCAAGGGAAAAUGCUGUCUCUUUUCAAACUCAAAUCAACUUACCUGUACAUCAGAGUCUCUGUGGACUGGGAGAAAUGCAUGAACCCAUUCAGAAAUAUACAGCUAGAGACCCUUGAUGUUUCUAAUAACGGCUGGACUGUGGCUAUCACGGGGAACUUCAGCAACGCCAUCAGGGGAAGCCAGAUUUCCUCUUUGAUUCUCACCUACCAUAUUAUGGGUUCUGGGUUUGGCUUCCAAAACCUCAAAGACCCCGACGAGAACAUAUUUACCGGCCUGGAGAGAAGCUCAGUAGAGCGCCUGGAUCUGUCCCACGGGUACAUCUUCUCCUUGAACCCCCGACUCUUUAAGACACUCAAGGACUUGAAAGUUCUGAACCUUUCCCACAACAAGAUAAACAGGAUUGCGGAGAAAGCCUUUUAUGGACUUGAGAACCUCCAGAUACUCAAUAUAUCGUAUAACCUUCUGGGGGAACUUUAUAAUUCCAACUUCGAGGGGCUACGUAGCGUAGCCUACAUUGACCUCCAAAAGAAUCACAUUGGAAUAAUUCAGGACCAGACCUUCAGAUUCCUAAAAGAAUUGCAUACCUUAGAUCUCAGGGACAACGCUCUUAAAACCAUUUCUUUUAUUCCAGACUUACUUACCGUCUUCUUAGGCGGCAACAAACUGGUGACUUUGCCCAACGUGAACUUUAAAGCCAACUUCAUCCACUUAUCAGAGAACAAGCUAGAAAAUCUGGCUGACCUCUACGAACUUCUCCGGGUAUCUCAGCUCCAAACUCUCAUUUUAAAUCAAAAUCGCUUUUCCUCUUGCAGCCCAAGCCACGCCCCUUCGGGGAAUCCCAACUUAAAACACCUUUUCCUUGGAGAAAAUAUGUUGCAACUUGUCUGGGAAACUGGGUUCUGCUGGGACGUUUUUAAGGGGCUCUCCCAACUCCAGGUUCUGUAUCUGAAUAAUAACUAUCUUAAUUUCCUUCCCCCUGGAGUAUUUAGCGAUCUGACGGCAUUGAGGGGACUGAGCCUCAACUCCAACAGGCUGACGAUUCUCCCUCCUGGCAGUUUACCUGCUAAUUUAGAGAUCCUGGAUAUAUCCAGAAACCAUCUCCUGUCUCCUGAUCCUGGUUUAUUUGCAUCCCUUAGCAUGUUGGACAUAACUCAUAACGAGUUCAUCUGUGAGUGUGAACUCCGCACCUUUAUCAGUUGGCUCAAUCAAACCAACGUCACUCUGUUGGGAUCUCCUGCAGACAUCUACUGCAUGUAUCCUAACUCGCUCUUAGGGGUUUCCCUCUACUCCGUUUCCAUGGAAGACUGCGAUGAAGAGGAAGUCUUCAAGUCCCUAAAGUUUUCUCUUUACAUCUUAUUCAUUGUCACUUUGACUCUGUUCCUCAUGAGUGUUCUCAUAGUCGCAAAGUUCCGGGGAUUUUGUUUCAUCUGUUACAAGACAGCCCAGAGAUUGCUGUUCCAUGACCGUCCGCAGAGAAGAGAAUCUGAUAGGUACAGAUACGACGCCUAUUUAUGCUUCAGUAGCAAAGACUUUGAGUGGGUACAGAAUGCUUUGCUUAAACACCUGGACACUCAGUACAGUGACCGAAAUAGGUUUCACCUGUGCUUUGAAGAAAGAGACUUCGUCCCCGGGGAAAACCACAUCACCAACAUCCAAGCUGCCAUCUGGAGCAGCCGGAAGAUCGUCUGUCUUGUGAGCAGACACUUCCUUAGGGAUGGGUGGUGCCUGGAAGCCUUCAGUUACGCCCAGACCAGGUGCCUCUCUGACCUCAGCAGUGUCCUCAUCAUGGUGGUGGUUGGGUCCCUGUCCCAGUACCAGUUGAUGAAACACCAGUCAAUCAGAGGAUUCAUACAGAAGCAGCAGUACUUGAGGUGGCCAGAAGAUCUCCAAGACGUGGGCUGGUUUCUCAAUAAACUCUCUCAGUGCAUCCUAAAGAAAGAAAAAGGAAAGAAAGAAGACAGUCGCAUUCAGUUGCGAUCCAUAGCAACCGUCUCCUAGUCCAAAGAACAGCUUGCAAUUCACCCCAAGCCAUAAGGAACGCUUGACUUUGUAUUUGCACAAAGUGGCCAUUUGGGGGCUCUUUCUGGAGGUCUUGUUCCUACUAUAAAAACAUCAGUCUCUUGGCUUUCAUGUCAACAUGAUGUUUGUCUCACUGACCUCCAAGUGGAAAAUAAUAUCUGGAAAAUUGCAACUGCCCCUAGAGGUUCCCACUCACCAUUGAUUUCCUUUCGGACCCAAUAAUACUGUUCUCUCCUGUUGUAUGGACUACAGAAUGUCCCCUAGUCAUGGAAAGGGCACCUUGGAAAAAGUUACAGGUGGCUUCAUGGUUUCGCAGUGUUCCGUUCAAGAAUGGUCUUGUCUGUGAUUCUGAUAAGUCUGUGUUCUGCAGAACAAUACUAAGUAGAACUGAAACCUCUUUCCUUCUUUGGCUUUAGGAACAUCAACAGUGCUGGAUGCAGGUCACAUUUUUAUCUUGGGGAUAAAAGGUGGUCCCAAGGAACCUUCAACUCCUCUGAGUCUAACCCUUGUGGACCAUGCCGUUUUGCAUGUGACUCUUCUUUCAGCCUGAUGCUCAGGACCUACCAUGUUAGCACCAACCUACCUCUUGAACUUCCCUUCCUGCCAGUAACACCUCAUUCAUCAACUCUGUAGGCUGUUGUAGGAAGAAUAUGGGCUUUAUACACAGAUCCUGGAUCAAAUUUUGAUUCUGCUGCUUGUUAGUUGGGUCACUUUGAGUAUGGUACACCCUUGCUGGGCCUGCUUUCUUGCCUGUGGACAUCACAGUUACUAGGAAAAUUAUAUUGGUCAAGAAUGUCAGGACUUCUCAGAUCUUUUCCUUGGCUUUCCUUAUGGCCACAAGAGAUGAAACACACUGAAUGGCCUCUGGGGGCAGUUGCAGUGUCUUUGAAUUUGUAAUUUUUGCCCUAAAAGGAAUCUACGUGUAUUACGCAUUCUAAUUCUUUUUUUGUGUGUGUGUGUUUCUUAAUAUAGAAGCAUGUUUCUACAAAAGCAUUAAUAAA